AUGCACAACCGGCAGCCCAUUACAUUCAAACUGCUGUUCCAGAGUCUUAGUGACUACGACCUUUGGUCAUUGUAUCUGCUUGGAUUGACCUUCCAGCUCCCUGCCACACCGGAGGGGCAGUACUUGACUCUGUCGCUCAAGGGCCUCGGCUUUAACACGCUCCAGUCCAAUCUCUUAAGCAUUCCAUAUACAGUAUUUCAUAUUAUUACCAUGUUGGCCCUCACUUAUACAGCCGAGUAUGUGAAGAACCUGACUCUCAUGGGAAUAAUUGGUCAGAUUUGGAUCCUGCCUUGUCUUAUUUGGUUCAAUGUCGCCAAUACCCAGACAGCUAGCCGUUGGACUGUCUACGCCGUCACCACUGUGCUGCUGUCCUAUCCAAAUGCCGCCUGUUACAACAUGUUUUGUCAAGCUGGCGGUAUUAUCGCUUCCAACAUCUAUCGCAAAGAUGACGCACCUAAAUACCACCGUGGUAAUCGACAGUUGCUUGCUAUUCUUAUUAUGAAUCUUGUCCUUUAUGUCCUGGUCAAGGUUUACCAUAUCCUCCGUAAUAAGUCACGCGAUAAGAAAUGGAAUGCUAUGACUGAGUCAGAGAGGUUGGAAUAUCUUGACACUACCAAGGAUGAAGGCAACAGAAGACUGGAUUUUAGAUUCGCUCAUUAA